CAAGAUAAUUGAAAGCAAACAGAGCGGUGCUGCUCUGCCCUUUGUUCCAGAUUAGCCUUCAGAUCACAACAGCUGGUUAAGGGGGAAAGGAAGAGACAAAAUAAUGCCAGGCCUUUAUCAGCCCCUAUAAAAAUAAUAUUUUAAAAAAAAAACUUCUCUUUUUUCUGAUUUAGGAUUAGGCCACUGAAGGGAAAUGAACUGGAGGUUGCACUUCAGAGUCUCUGCAAGGAGAGCUGCGCUUCAGGCUGCCAGUUUUCAGAGAUUAAUGGGUUGGAAGUUUCUGGAUCUCUGGAUGCAUGCCCAACAUCAGCAUUUUAGAAACUCUGCCAGUUUGGCAGCCUGCAAAAAUCUUCGCUUAAUUCCAUUAAGAUCUGUCCUCUACUUUCCUCAUGGAAAACUUUUGCUGCAGAAGACUUCAGAAAGUAGCUUAAAAAACAAAACAGACUUGUCUGGGAUCAGGGUCCAGGGAGUAAGGUUCUUGUCCUUGUCCACGUUCUCAAGAGUGUUUUUUGGAAUUGGCCAAGGAGGAAAUAAUGGAGGAAAUAAGAAACUCAGCCUAAGGGAUGUGAUGGAACUCGUCCGGAAGAAAGAAUGCCGUAGGAUAGUAGUGAUGGCUGGAGCAGGACUCAGCACUCCGAGUGGCAUCCCAGAUUUCAGGUCUCCUGGGAGUGGGCUAUACAGUAACCUUCAGCAAUAUAAUAUUCCAUACCCUGAAGCCAUAUUUGAGCUUAGCUACUUUUUCCAGAAUCCCAAGCCUUUCUUCAGGUUAGCUAAGGAGUUGUACCCUGGCAAUUACAGGCCAAACUAUGCCCACUAUUUUCUUCGACUUCUGUUUGACAAAGGGCUCCUUCUGCGCCUCUACACACAAAAUAUUGAUGGGCUGGAGAGAGUUGCUGGGAUUCCUCCAGAUAAACUAGUUGAAGCUCACGGCACAUUUGCUUCUGCUACAUGUACUGUCUGCCGAAGAUCAUAUUCAGGGGAGGAUUUCAGGGGGGAUGUGAUGACUGACAAAAUUCCCAAAUGCCCUGUUUGCACUGGAGUGGUCAAGCCUGACAUUAUAUUCUUUGGAGAAGAGCUCCCUCAUCGGUUCUUCUUGCAUAUGGCAGACUUUCCUAUGGCAGACUUGCUUUUUAUCCUUGGAACCUCCCUUGAGGUGGAGCCCUUUGCUAGUCUGGCAGGAGCUGUCCGUGGUUCUGUCCCCCGCGUCCUGGUCAACCGAGACCUGGUGGGGCCAUUUGCAUUCCAGCCACAGCACAAUGACGUAGCUGAACUGGGAGAUGUAAUCAGUGGAGUGGAAAAAGUGGUAGAACUAUUGGGCUGGAAAGAGGAAUUACAGGAACUAAUGAAGAAAGAAAAAGAAAAGCUGGAUACAAAAGAGAAAUAGAAGUAUAAUCUCUACUUUUGGAAAGAUUUAACUCCUCAGAAAGUAAAGUUUGCCUCAGCCAAAGGUUAGAUUGAUAAAUUCACAGAUCUGGGUGAAAAGAUGGUCUUUUUGUUGCCACCACCUAGUAGAUAACAGUAAGAACUGGAGUUAAUCUGGAGAUGAUAAUUGACUCCUUGAACAUCUCUGACACAUCAGAGAAGGACAUCUUCUCAAGCCUCCUGGGGAAAUGGAAAUCAAGCAGAUUUGAAUUUACUUUUAUAUAAAGAUAGGCUGUAAAGAUGUUCGGGGAAACUGCUACCUCCCUUUCAGAAGGCAUUUUCUCCGAUUUUUUUACUUUUUCCACUUGGUUACUUCUGAGUCAUUUAAGAAACAUCACACAUCUGUGGCAUUUAGAGCCUUAACAACAAUAUUAUUUCAUUCAUACUGAAUCCACAAUUUUCUACCCACUUGGAAGAAGUCAAAUAGGGACUGCAGCUUUUAUCAAAGGUGUGAAAAAUCUGGUUUGAAUCAGAUUUAUCAACUUGUAAGAAGGGGUUCUUAAAAUAAUGUGUAUAUUAAUUUGUAGAUAUCGCCUAUGUAACUUGAAAAGAUAAAUGGUUUAUACAUCUACAUUUCUAGUAAGAAACUAGCACAUACAGAUAUAACUGCUGGAUGAAUGUGUAAUAUUUGCAAGUUGUAUUUAAAGCAAAAUAAAAUCUAUUUUAACAAUU